CGUAGACAAAAAGUGACGCGGCACCAUCGAAUCCGUCAGACAAAUAGAACCGGGCUCGGGGGCAAUUUAGGGAAUUCGUGAUCGGAGUAGGAGAGGAGAAAGGAAGGAGAGAGCCUGUUUGUUGGAAGAGGAGACUGUUGUUGAGAGAGUUCUUCGGGCAUCUGUUGGAAAGACGAAAGCUCUCUCUUCGAAUUGCAGAGAUAAAACCAAAUUCCACUCCGCCGCGAUCGCCGCCGUGCGCCUCAGCUACCGAUAGUAAGAUUCCUUGCUCGUGAAUUUCUUAACCGAAUUGAUUGUAAUUGGACGGGAUCAAGAGAUUUGUUUGGACUAGUUUUUUGUUUUUUCUUUCCACUUGCCCGUCUGCUUGCGUGAUCUAGGAUGUUCCGGUGUUUGUGUUUAUGUUUCCACCAUUGAGAGGAUGCUGGGUGGCUUCGAGCUCUGUAAGUUAGGGUUCGAAUUGGCUGUGUGGGAUCAAACUUUGGAACUGUGAUUUAGAAAUGGAACUGCGAUAUGUUGCUUAGAGGAAUGAACUUGAUAUUAGACUUUCGGUUUUGUCUGGGUUUCUGGUUGAACAAUCUCUAAGUGGUGCUGCGCUGUAUGCUGAUGUUCUAUAAUAGCUUGGCAAAACUUUAUUUUGGCUUUGUUGUGCAUUUAUUUGUCCAUGGUGAAUGGUGAUUACAAGCCUGGCUUGGUAGAUUUUGCUGCCGGAUACAGCUCUCAUGUAACGUUGAGAGGAACGCUUGAUCUGUAGAGUGGCGGCGUGAAAGUAUGAAGUAGAGUAACUUCAUAUGUAUGUAGUCUGAUGUUUAAUUUAUUCCAAAACCUUUCAGGAUUGUCGAUUCUAUGGUGUGGCGAGUAUCAAGUUAGGAUUAUGAGACAUUGUUUCUUUUAAUCCUAUAGGUGAGAAGGGACAAGCGAUACAUCCAAUACGCAGCGCAAACAUGUUCUCCUUGUUCUAUGGCCUUUUUAAGUACGUGUUCAGUAAGACGGAGUUUCAUGUGCUCAUUCUUGGGAUCGACAAGGCCGGGAAAACAACCUUGCUAGAAAAGUUGAAGACAGUGUACUCGAAUUCUGAAGGCCUCCCCCAUGAUAGAAUUGUUCCAACCGUUGGACUCAAUAUUGGUCGUCUUGAAGUGUCGAAUUCCAAGCUUGUGUUCUGGGACCUUGGAGGGCAGAUUGGACUUCGCUCAAUUUGGGAGAAAUAUUAUGAAGAAGCACAUGCUGUAGUGUAUGUAAUUGAUGCUGCUUGCCCUUCUCGUUUUGAAGAUGCAAAAUCUGCUUUAGAGAAAGUGCUUAGGCAUGAUGACCUGCGAGGUGCCCCUCUUCUGGUGUUGGCAAACAAACAGGACCUUCCAGAUGCUGUAACAGCUGAAGAACUGGGAAGAUAUCUAGACCUGAAGAAACUGGACGAAAGGGUUUACAUGUUCGAAGCUGUUUCAGCAUAUGAUGGGUUGGGUAUCAAAGGAAGUCUAGAAUGGCUAGUCGGGGCAAUGGAACGGAGCAAGAGAACUGAAACAUUGAGACUGCGUGCAGGGAUGGCUGGUCCUGGUGUCUAGCAAUGCAAUCAAUUUUGGAAUCAAGAUGAGGAACCUUUCACCACCUGGGCUUUUCAGUAGCUUCUGUAAAUAUACUACAGAGGGUUACGCAGCAUCCUACUCGCGACUUGUGUACUAAUUCUGCCGUACUAUGCAUAUUCUUUCACCCUCCUCUUCUCUACUGCGGAGGAGCAAGUUAGUUGUAGGGGAGGAAAUAUGAUUACAUGAUCUACUCGUAAAAAAUAUGUGUAAUGAAUUGAUGAUCAUUGG